GGUGACUAGAGAGUCCCGGAAGUAAUGUUAGCGCGCACGCGUAGGAGCUGCUCGACCGGAGAGGAUGGCCAAGGUCACCUUUAAGGUCACGCUCACCUCAGACCCGCGGCUGCCUUAUAAAGUGUUAAGUGUGCCUGAAAAUACACCUUUCACUGCUGUCUUGAAGUUUGCGGCAGAAGAAUUCAAAGUUCCUGCAGCAACAAGUGCCAUUAUAACAAAUGAUGGAAUAGGAAUAAACCCUGCACAGACAGCUGGCAACGUUUUCCUGAAGCAUGGUUCAGAAUUACGGCUCAUUCCCAGAGAUCGUGUUGGGAGAUGCUGGCCUGGACUUGUGACGAAAAAAUAUAAAUAGCAGACUUGAUCAGUAAGCAUCUUCACCUAUGACAAAUUAGCAUCCCUUAACAUAAUGCAGAGUAUCUUACAGUUACACUUCCCUGCAAAAUCAUUGUGCAGCAGCAGUUUGCUUGCUAAGAAGAACAGCCUUGGAAGCUGGAUAUCUUGUGUCUCAUCUGCUGAAAGUUUUAAUGAAAGAGAGAGCUGUAAUUGUUGCAUCAUCAUCCUAGUGGGGAAGGACUUCUAAAUGGGAGCCAGUUUCUGAUAUCUGAGUAUAAUUGCUCCAAUCCAGUGAUUCCUUGUGGAGGCCCCAGGGCACAUACAAAAGCUCUGUGAUUUGCUACGGCUUUCCUGUUCACUUAGAUGUUGUUCUACGACCCUGAGCCAAGGUUUCUGAAGUGAACAGGAAAAGUCUUCUCAUUAUAUGAUUUUCCUAUUUGCAUGGGAAUACAGGAAGGAGGAUUUGAUCUUGAGCUAUCAGAAUGUCCAUAACUGUAUUUAAGAACAUAUUUAAUUGAAUUAAGUACAUAAUUGUAUACGUAGGAAAAAAUAGAAGUACCGAAAUUUCAAGAGCUUUGGCAUUUGUGGCAUCUAUCCCUAUAGUGUCUGAUAGCUUUCAGUUAAAUUCUUUGGACUUGCACCGUUAUGAAGAGUUCUGUUCUACAUUCCAGCCCAAAGAAAAUUAUUAUAGCACUACUAGACUUUUCUCCCUAGAAAUCACUGGCUUAUUUAUUAAAGAUAUCAUACUGUAGGUUCAAGACUGCCUGUUUCUUACCAUGAAAUGCAUUACUACAUUUUACACUGGAUGGCUAAUAAAUUUUUCUGUGCAUGA